AAAUAUAACAACAACAAAAGAAAAAGGCGACGCAGCGAUAGAAGCAUCCGAGAAAAAUCGCGUCCACAGCAGGAGGAUGAGGAUUUAGGGCGUUCGACGAUCUCCACAAACGUACGCUUCCGCGCUAUUAACCACGCGCAUCGCCAUCUUCUGUUCCCCGUUCUCCUUAUCCAAUUCAAUCCCGCUAAGUCGGCCACAGGUUUCGACCUAAAGCGAUCCGCUUUACCACCCCCUACACGUCUCCUUUUGCCUUUUGGAGGAUCCCCGCAGGAGGUAGGAUGCAGCAAAACGAUGAGGCGACUCGAAGAAUGGCCACGCUCUCCGCGCACCUCCAUCCGCCCAGCCUCCAGAUGCAGGGAGUUCCGCCAUUGAGACGGGAGAAUUGCCGGGCAAAAGGAGGAGCGCCAGGAUUCAAAGUAGCAAUUUUAGGUGCUGCUGGAGGAAUUGGACAGCCCCUUUCCUUGCUCAUGAAGAUGAAUCCUCUGGUUUCUGUUCUCCACCUCUACGAUGUUGUGAAUUCGCCUGGUGUCACAGCUGAUGUUAGUCACAUGGAUACUGGUGCUGUGGUGCGUGGCUUCUUAGGUGCACCUCAAUUGGAGAAUGCACUUACUGGAAUGGAUAUUGUCAUCAUUCCUGCUGGUAUCCCCAGAAAGCCUGGAAUGACGAGGGAUGAUCUCUUCAAAAUCAAUGCUGGAAUUGUUAGAACACUUUGCGAAGGGGUGGCUAAAUGCUGUCCCAAGGCAAUUGUGAACUUGAUCAGCAAUCCAGUGAAUUCUACUGUUCCUAUCGCAGCAGAAGUUUUCAAGAAAGCUGGGACAUAUGAUCCAAAGCGACUGCUGGGAGUGACAACUCUUGAUGUAGUCAGAGCUAAUACUUUCGUGGCUGAAGUCUUGGGGAUUGAUCCAAGGGAGGUCGAUGUACCUGUCAUUGGUGGUCACUCAGGAGUUACUAUAUUACCUCUUCUGUCACAGGUUAAACCUGCAUCUUCUUUCACCUCAGAAGAGAUUAACUAUCUCACUAAUCGAAUUCAGAAUGGUGGAACUGAAGUUGUCGAGGCCAAAGCUGGAGCUGGUUCCGCGACACUUUCCAUGGCAUAUGCAGCUGCUAAAUUUGCAGAUGCCUGCCUGAGGGGAUUGAGAGGCGAUGCUGGAAUUGUGGAAUGCACAUUUGUUGCCUCACAGGUGACAGAACUUCCCUUCUUUGCAACAAAGGUACGAUUAGGUAGAGGAGGAGCUGAAGAAAUCUUCCCUAUUGGACCACUUAGUGAAUACGAAAGGGUUGGCUUGGAGAAGGCGAAAAAUGAGUUGGCAGGAAGCAUUGACAAGGGAGUUUCUUUCAUAAGGAAAUGAAAGCUCGAGAAAGUACUUGAAUGGUUGUGAACAUGCUAAUACAUCUACACAAUCCAUCUUCUGUAUACGUUGCAAUUGUUAAGAGAAUGCUCUUAAAAUAUAAUUCUAUAUUUUUGAUAUUGUUUACA